AUGGCCCCGGCCCGCUUAAAGGCGGCGGCGGCGGCCGCGCCGCGGGCAGCUAGCAGCCUCCGUCGUGGCCGCCGCCGGCCCGGAGCCGGCGCGAAGAUGCCCCGGGGCUUCCUGGUGAAGCGCAGCCGGCGGCCCACCCCCGUGUCGUACCGGGCGCGCUGCUGCCGCGAAGCCGCCGCCGGCCCGCCGCUCCCCGCCGGCGCCGCACAGCCGCCCGCCUGCCCCACCGCUCCGCCGCCCCUGCCGCGGGACUCGCCGCCGCCGGUGCCGUUCGGGACGCCCGAUGCCGCCGUGCAGGCACUGUACAGCCCCACGCGGCCCGUCAGCAGGGACAAGUACCUGGAGCGCGGCUUCAGCCUGGGCUCGCCCGUCUCCGCCGAGUCCUUCCCCGCGCCGGCCGUGCCCGGCACCAUGGACCCGAUCCUCUUCGCCCCGGCUGACCUCAAGCUCUGGGCCGCUGCCGGCCACGCCGAGCCGCCCGCCGCCCACCCCGGCCCCGGCGGAGUGCCCGCGCCGCCCGCCCCGGCCGCGCCGCCCGCCUCGGGCCGCCCGCUGCCCGCCAAGCGCCCGCAGGGUGCCUCCGAACCCGGGCGGCAGAAGGCCCCGUCGGGCAAGAAGACGAAGGCGAUCCGCAAGCUGACCUUCGAGGACGAAGUGACCACCUCGCCCGUGCUGGGGCUGCGCAUCAAGGAGGGCCCGGUGGAGGUGCCGGCCAAGGCGCGGGGCGGCUGCGCCCGUCCGCUGGGCGAGUUCAUCUGCCAGCUCUGCAAGGAGGAGUACGGGGACCCCUUCGCGCUGGCGCAGCACCGCUGCUCCCGCAUCGUCCGGGUGGAGUACCGCUGCCCCGAGUGCGACAAGGUCUUCUCCUGCCCCGCCAACCUCGCCUCCCACCGCCGCUGGCACAAACCGCGUCCGCCCGCCACCAAGAGCGGCCCCGAGGCGGGCCGGGCACCGGCCGCGGGCCCGGGUACUGCCCCGGCGGAGGAGACGCCGAAGGAGGCGAGCGGUGGCAGCGGCAGCGAGCGGGACACGCCGAGCCCCGGCGGAGCCUCGGAGGCGGGCUCCGAGGAGGGGCUCUUCGAGUGUCCCCGCUGCGCCAAGCGGUUCCGCCGGCAAGCCUACCUGCGCAAGCACCUGUUGGGGCACGCUGCACCGGCACCCACGGCGGCCCCGGUACCCGCACCGGCCCCGGAGCCCAGCGCCGAGGAGCUGCCUGCCGCCGAGUGCCGCCUGUGCCCCGUGUGCGGGGAGACCUUCCCCAGCAAGAGCAGCCAGGAGCGGCACCUGCGCCUCCUGCACGCCGCGCAGGUCUUCCCCUGCAAGUACUGCCCGGCCACCUUCUACAGCUCUCCCGGCCUCACCCGGCACAUCAACAAGUGCCACCCCUCGGAGAACCGGCAGGUCAUCCUGCUCCAGGUGCCGCUGCGCCCUGCCUGCUGAGCCGCCCGUGCCUUCCCCGCCGCCCCGCGCUGCUCCCCCGGGGCCGCCACACGAUUAGCUUUAAUACAGCUUGUGACCUGCUGGAAUCUGGCUUUACACUUACCUUCCCGGGGUCUCUCUCUUCUUUUUUUCUGUUUUCUUUAUUUUAUUUUUAUUUUUUUUUUUUUAUUUUGUUCCUUUGCUCUGUUUUUUAUCGAUGUGAACAGAUCAAACUGCUUGAGAGAAACAAGCGUUUCCUUUAGUGUAGCCACAAAUGCCUUGACUCUGCUGUUGAUGGUCUCCAGAAAAUGCUGUAGAAACUGCCUUAACUGUGACAUGCCAACUUUCUGUUUCUGUUCGUUUGCCCUUUCUAAGGUAGCUCAUGAGUUGUCUAUCUGUAUAUGUUGGUUUGAGUAAUUAUGUUAUUUAUUUGUUAUUUAUUUAUAUUAAUUAUGAAGAUUGAUAUUAUUUGAUUGCAGAUAUUCUAAUGCGCUUUUUUGUCUCCCCACCUGCCAUUUCACUGUGCGUUUUAGAAGAUCUUUUUUUCUUAAGGGAUCUGCUAAAAAGGUUUUAACUUUUAUACCUAGAAUAACACAUGAUCUUAACCAUUUUAUCCCGUGCAACCAACAGCUCUUACUUUUAGAUGCAAUCUCUUUUUCUACACACAUUAUUUUCUUAACUGUUAGCUAUUUAUAGAGUGCUUCGAUAGAACUGUUUCAACUGUAUAAUUAUUUACUAUUCGAA